AAGAAGACCCGACCGCCAUAUUGCAGUGAUACAGCGAGUUUCCUUUAUCCAACAAUCAAGAAGCAAAAUGAUGUCUACGCAUAUGUUGGGAGAUAAUGGGAAAAUGAAAGAAUAUCACUACACUGGACCAGUAGAACAUCGAUUUUCGCCAUAUUCUUUUAAUGGAGGGACAGUUCUUGCUGUUGCCGGUGAGGACUUUGCUCUUGUGGCUUCCGAUACUCGUUUAAGCGAAGGGUAUUCAAUCCACAGCCGUGACUCUCCAAAGUGUUACAAGUUGACUGACACAACUGUCAUUGGCUGCAGUGGUUUCCAUGGUGAUUGUCUAACUCUUACUAAAAUCAUUGAUGCCAGACUAAAGAUGUACAAACACUCCAACAACAAGACCAUGACCAGUGGAGCCAUCGCAGCAAUGCUCUCCACCAUCCUUUAUGGCAGAAGAUUCUUCCCUUACUAUGUCUACAACAUCAUCGGUGGCCUGGAUGAGCAGGGUCGGGGAGCUGUCUACAGUUUUGACCCUGUGGGGUCAUACCAGAGGGACACAUACAAGGCUGGUGGCUCUGCCAGUGCCAUGCUUCAGCCCCUGCUAGACAACCAGAUUGGCUUCAAGAACAUGGAAAAUGUACAGCACCUGCCUUUGAGCCAGGAAAAGGCUGUUCAGCUGGUCAAAGACGUGUUCAUCUCUGCAGCAGAGAGAGAUGUAUACACCGGCGAUGCCCUCAGGAUCUGCAUCAUCACCAAGGAGGGCAUUAAGGAGGAGACUGUCCCUCUGAGGAAGGACUGAGGGGCAUUUAGCCUCCUCUUGCUUCUUUUUCCAAACCUUGUUUAGGGUCUGUUUCUGGAAUUCUUGUUUUUGUCCUAACCCAGCUAUUCUUUUAUAUUCUUAAUAAAGAAUCAAAAAAAUGUUAA